UCAAAGUAGUACAGAAUGUAUUAUAACUUUAUAUUAAAACUAAAACCAUCCCAAAUAAUUGAAGCACUAGAACCACAAUGAUCAACCAACUUAUAAAACACAACCCUCAUCUCCGGCCACCGUCACCCUAACAAACCACCACAAUGCCACCACACCGGAAAAACCCACCACCACUACCACCACCACCAACCGGCCGUACAACUCUAUCAUCAUGCAUAGUAGCCACCAUCUUCUUAACCUUCAUAACAAUCAUAAUCCUUAUCAUCUUCUUCACCUUAUUCAAACCCCAACCCCCCACCAUCUCCCUCACCGCCGUCAAACUUCCGUCAUUCUCCGUCACCAACGCCACCGUCACCUUCACCCUCUCCCACUACGUCGCCGUUUACAACCCCAACCACGGCGUCUUCACCCACUACGACACCUCCGUACACCUUUUGUUCGCCGGAGAUCAAAUGGGGUUCUUGUUUGUUCCCGCCGGAAAGAUUGAAGCUCGCCGGAAAGUGUACUUGGCUGCCACUUUUUCCGUCAAGUCUUUUCCGGUGGAUUUGGAUCGGGUUAAUGGGUUUGGGGUCGGGUUGGGUUUGGAGGUUGAAUUGAGGAUGGAGAUGGCGGGUCGGGUCAGGGUUAUGCAUUUUUUUAUGCAUGAUGUGGAAGCUAAGGUUGAGUGUAAGGUUGCUAUUGGGAUUAGUGAUGGUUCUGUUUUGGGUUUUAGAUGUUAGAACGAGUGUUGACGAUUAACGCUCUCAUGCCAAAUCCGCAUGGGAUCGUGUCGGCUUGUUAACGAGGCGCUGUUGAGAUCAAUCGUCAUGAGAACGAAGGUGGGGCCCACCCCAAUCUAACCAAUCAUGUUGCUCAAAUUUUUGUUUUAGUUAUUCUACUCCACUUAGUUAUUGUGUUUAGUUAUUACUUUAAUUCCAAUGUGGUAGUAACAUGACGGUGAUAUGACAGUGGUUUAGUUACCCGACAACAAUAGUGUUAGGUGUUUGUGUGUAUUGAUGUUGACUGAUUUUAAUAAGGAUUAAGAUGGGUUUUGAUGA